AUGGUUCAUCUAGAAAUACCAAAAUUAGCAAGUGAAAUACUAUUCCAAGCAGUAAAGCUAUUAUUUGGCUUUCCCCUUGUGAUUGCAUUACUAAUCUACAAAUGCCGAAGGAGGCACUUGUCUAUGUAUGAGAACAUAGAAGACCUUCUGCAGAGUAACAACAAUCUCAUUCCGGUGAGGUACUCUUACGCAGACAUCAAGAAUAUGGCAAGAGGUUUCAAGGAUAAACUUGGUGAAGGAGGCUACGGUACAGUUUACAAGGCAAAGCUCCGUAGUGGCCAUCUUGUAGCCAUCAAGAUGUUGGGUAAAUUCAGAGCUAAUGGGCAAGAUUUUAUCAACGAAGUCGCUACCAUCGGAAGGAUUCACCACGUUAAUGUGGUUCAACUUAUUGGAUUCUGUGUCGAGGGAUCAAAGCGUGAUCUUAUAUAUGAUUUCAUGCCCAAUGGCUCUCUUGAAAAAUAUUUCUUUUCUCAACAAGGAGUCAUCUCCUUGAGUUGUGAAAAGAUAUUCGAAAUUGCGCUUGGUGUAGCCCGUGGUAUUGAUUAUCUACACCGGGGAUGUGACAUGCAAAUUUUACACUUCGACAUCAAGCCUCACAAUAUUCUUCUAGACGAUACUUUCAUACCAAAGGUUUCUGAUUUUGGGUUAGCAAGGCUAAACCCAUUGGAUAAUAGCAUGGUGCCUAUGACAGCAGCAAGAGGUACCAUAGGAUACAUAGCUCCAGAACUAUUCUAUAGUAACAUCGGAGGCAUUUCAUACAAAGCCGAUGCAUACAUUGGCAUGUUGUUGAUGGAAAUGGCUGGUACAAGGAAGAAUUUGGAUCCUACUGUUGAGGAUUCAAGCGAGUGUAGCCAAAUGUAUUUUCCUACAUGGGUUUCUGAACAAUUAACUGAAGGAAAAGGCAUAGAAAUAGGAGAUGCCACAGAGGAAGAAAUGAAAAUCAUAAAGAAGAUGAUCAUAGUUGCAUUGUGGUGCAUACAAAUGAAGCCUAGUGAACGCCCUUCUAUGAAUAAAGUGGUAGAGAUGCUUGAAGGAGAGAUUGAGAGCCUACAAAUGCCUCCAAAGCCUUUCUUAUACUCGCAACAAAUCCCAGGUGACAAGGAUGCUGAGGAUGAUUCAAGAACAAUGUUGUCGUCAUCAUCAACGACAGAUUAA